AUGGAGAUGAACUGGAAGAAGAUGGAAGAAGAAGAAGAAUAUGAGAAACAACGAAAGAAGGCACGAAGAGUCUUAGAAACAACAGGUACUUUCUUCUUUUCUUUACUUUCUCGGAGUAUUUUGGCUGAGACUGCACAUGAGGGUAAUGAGAGUGAUGAAGGGGAAUACGAAGAAGGGCUUGCUGAAAUUAUCUGUGAUGGUUCAGCUGCAUUAGUCCUAGUGAGUGGAGAGAAGGCACUUCAACUUGGAUUGCAAGUAAUUACAAAGAUUAAGGGCUAUGCUGAUGCAGCUCAGGCACCUGAAUUCAUUACAACUGCUCCAGCCCUUGUGAUACCAAAAGCUAUUUCAAAUGCUGGUUUAGAUGCUUCUCAGAUUGAUUACUAUGAAAUAAAUGAAGCAUUUUCUGAAAGCCUUAACGUACAUGGUGGGGCUGUAUCAUUGGGACACCCAUUAGGAUGCAGUGGAGCUCAUAUCUUGGUCAUAAUGUUAGGGGUAUUGAGACAUAAAAAGGGAAAGUACGGGGUUGGUGCCAUAUGCAACGGUGGUGGGGGAGCUUCUUCACUUGUUCUUGAGCUCAUGUAA